UUCGGCGUAUACGCAUUAGUGUUAAACUUAAAACCCUGAUUUCAUGAAUAACUCGAUAGCAUUGCGACAGUCUAUUUUAAAGAGAUCACAUUGAAUCUGACCCUCCCAUGAACUUGAAGCGCAUAAUACGACUGAACAAACGUAUUAAGUAAAGGUUAAACUUAAAGAAUGAUCUCUGAUGUUUACAUGAGUAACAUAUUGUGAAUCACUGAAUAGACGCUACAAGCAAAAUGCCUUUUUUAAAUUGUGAAGGAAGAUUGAGGUACAAACAGUUUGAUCCAGAGAAACUUCCAAAAGCUAGGGUUGAACUUCAUUUGCACCUAGAUGGUUCAUUACGCUUGACCACCAUCUGGGAAUUAGCACAGAAAAAGGGUAUUGACUUGGGAUGUGCAACAUUGGAAGACUUGAAAAAUACUUUAAUUAUUACUAAACCAAAGAAAUUGUCAGAUUUCCUUAAGCCAUUUCAUAUAUUUAUGCCAACUAUUAUUGGUGAUUCUGAAGCCCUGGAGAGAGUGGCCUAUGAACUGUGUGAAGACCAAGCUAAACAAGGUGUAUGUUAUUUUGAAGCUCGUUUUUCUCCCCAUCUUUGCUCUAAUACCGAUGGUCUUCCCCCAGAUGAAAUUGUUUCUCCAGAUGAUGACAGAGCCGUAACACCAAAGAAAGUUGUGGAAAGCAUUUUAAAGGGCUUAAAACGAGGAGAAAAAGACUUUAAUAUAAAGGCUCGAGCAAUUCUCUGUUGUAUUGUUGGACAGUCAGAAUGGGCUGAGGAAGUUCUUCAACUGUGUGUUGAAUUCAAAAAUCAGGGAGUUGUGGCAAUUGACAUAGCUGGAGAUGAAGCAGGUGAAAUUGUAACUAGUGAAACAGAAGAACAUUGGACACCCAAGGACAUUAUGAUCUUUCAGGACACAAUCACAAAAGUAUUUCAGAAAGCACAAAGUUUAGGAAUUCAUCGCACUGCACAUGCUGGAGAGGGAGGACCAGCUGCUAAUGUUGCUCGAGCAAUCAAGGAGUUACAAGUGGAAAGAAUAGGACAUGGCUACCAUUCUAUAGAUGACGAAGAAAUCUAUAACCAAGUAUUAAACCUUGACAUUCAUUUAGAAGCUUGUCCAUACUCUAGCUAUUUAACUGGAUCUGUGCCACUAACUACUCUGAAACAUCCAAUCAUUAGAUAUGCCGAGGAUAAUGCCAACUUUUCUAUUAAUAAGGAUGAUUCCACUAUUACUGGUACUACCUUAGAUGAUGAAUAUGAACUACUUCAAUGCUUGGGACUCAGAGAAGUUCAUUUUGUUCGUGCAAAUUUCAAUGCUGCUCGUUCUGCAUUCUUACCAGAGGAUGAGAAAGAAGAACUACUAAACCAUUUAAAAAAGAUGUAUGGUAAUAUUGUUACUAAAAAGUAAUGUAUAAGAACAUUAUUGUUUUUAUGGAAUUUGUUAUUCCAAGGCAAGCAAAUGUUUAUUAGCUGUCAUGUUAUCCUAUAGGUGUGUAAAGAAAAUAUUCAAAUUUUACUUUUUUUAUGAUUUGAAGAACAUGGUGUUUUUUCAUUUAAUAAGAUUGUGAGUUUUACAACUUGAAUUAAAAAUACAUGUUAUACUCUGGUACCGUUUAAUAUAUUUUGAUUUGCAGUUUUGUGCAAAGUUAUCAUUCCACUAGCUUUGCAUGUUUAAAGAUUUAUUGCUUGAAUAUAUAUGUCUCGUAUUUUAUUAUUUGUAUGUAAUGUUUAUUUUGCUUUUUAAAAUUAUUUCACAGUUUUAAGCUACUUUUAAGUAGACCUGGUGAUUUAACUGAUUACUCAUGAGCAGCAAUUACAUCAAUUAGUAUCACAUAAACUAAAUUAAUUGAAAUUAGUAUUUUUUGAGUAUUACUGUUUUUGAUUAUCCCAACAGCCAAUUAAUUGAAGCUAUGCUAUAAUUGAUUAUCAUGGAAGUAAUCAAAAAUUCAAAAUAAGGGUUUCUAAUUAGUAUUAUUUUUGAUUAUUUAUACUAUCCAAAUAAUUGAAAUAUUGCUAUUAUGUUUGUCAGUUCUUA